CUUUCCCCCCGAGUCAGCGGGGUGCCUUAUACCUUCUCCACCUCCUAAUGCAGCUACUGUGGGUUUGGGCUCUUGCCUCUGCUUUAUGUAUCUCUUCUGUGCCGUGCACUAUUUGUAACUUUGUCAUCCCGUGUUUCUGACAGAGCCAACAGAGUUGCAAGGGCCACCAGUGGGCAGAGGACAGACAGUUCCAUCCCUCUUACAAAAGGGAUCUACUAGAUGCAUUUCCUUUAGACUCUGGGCAUUGGGAUACUCAACUUCAAGGACUUCUCAUGGAUCCAGAAAUUUGUCUCAUGGUCUUAGAAAUUUGUCCUUACAAUCCUCACCACCGAAUUCCACUCAGCAGAUUCCAGUACCACCUGGCAUCAUGCAAGAGAAAGAACCCCAAGAAAGCCAAAAAGAUGGCCAGCUGCAAAUACAAUGCCUCCCAUGUGGUACCCAUCAAAAAGCUGGAGGAACACAAGGCUGCUCGUGUCAACAGAAGCCCUGUGGAAGAGGGCAGCGCAAGCCCUCUGUAGGUUACCCUUCCAAGUUCGGAGCAGACUGCUGAAGCCCUGCAGGUUUCCCCCGGGCUUUCCACCUCUGAUAUCUAGCAUGUUGAUGACGUUGAUAGCCGCCCUAAAUUUGUCCUUGAGACUUUCGCUCCCCAAAAGCUUGUUUGUGAAAGUGACAGGAGAGAGUCAGAGAGAGAGGAGACCAAUGCCCAGAAGAUCCUCAGACCAGGAAAGUAAACCACCAGCAGGAGGGGGGUCUCACAAACCCAUGCAAAGAUAUGUCGCACAUCAGAAUAAACGGCAUAUGAAAUCAAC